AUGGCAGAAACUGGAGAGGCUAUUUGGGGCAGCCUGUACGUCUACGCUCCAAACAAGGGCGCACCCAUCUUCUUCACAAUCGCCUACGCCAUCUCGGCCAUCUUUCACAGGUUGACAGGACUGCACCCGUUCUGCGCAGUGCUGUUUACUAUAGGUUAUGCAACGCGAGAAUACGGAGCCUACAAUUACAUAUAUUCUCCGACCAAUGGGGUGCCCUUGGGCCUCUUCAUGGUGAGCCAGAUAUGUGUUUUCAUUGGCCCUCCAUUCCUCGAGCUCGCCAACUACCACGUUCUCAGCCGAGUAUUCUACUACAUGCCGUACGCCUCGCCCCUUUCUCCCGGCCGAGUCACCACCUUUUUUGGUAGUAUAAUGUUUUUGGUCGAGGGGUUGAACGCUGCGGGAGUAGCCUUGUCCUCCAACGCCAAAGCAAAGGAGGCCCCAAAGAAAUCCGGGCACAGCUUGGUGCUCGUCGCGCUCGCGCUCCAAGUCUUUGUCAUCUUCGUCUUCGUCUACUUCUCCGUCACCUUCCAUCGGCGUUGCAUCAAGGCCAGGGUCCCCGGAAAAGCCAAAGCUGUCAAUUCCACACUGAUCACGCUCUACAUGAGCAUGACGCUGAUCUUUGUGCGCUGCAUCUACCGUCUCGUGGAGAACGCGAUGGGCACAAUGAACGUGGACCUCCGGAAUAUUGAGGCUCUGAAGAAGCUGAGCCCCUUGCUGCGGUACGUAGUGUUCUUCUACAUCUUUAAGGAGAGCCUCAUGCUCAUCAAUUCUGUGCUGUGGAACGUGCGGCACCCGGGUCCCGAACUGCCCCAAGACCAUCACAUAUACCUGGCACCGGACGGAACCGAAGUCGAGGGCGAGGUGGACGCAAAUGAACACCGGCCGCUCCUGCUCAAAGUGGCAAAUGCCAUGAUGUUUGGCCUGCUCUUCCGCAACAAUAAACCGAAUUCGCACGCGCAGUCUCAGGAACUUGAUGAAUACCCGCAUGUCAAUGGCUACAAGGAAUGCGGCGACCGCAACCGCGGACACGCCUCUUAG